UGGUGGCAGAGGUGGUGAAAGCUCCUUCCAUGCCACACUGCUGUCUCCACCACCAUGCCCCUUGGUCUCCCCUCUCUGCUGCCUGCACCACUGGCCACAUCGCCAUCCCGCCCGCCAUGGCUUCAUCCCUAUCUGUGUCUCCUCCUCCUCCAGGCAUGAGCCCGCAGUUUCAUUGGUCGCAGCUGUGGCAGGGGUGGGGCUUGCCACGUUUUAGAGAGAGAGAGAUGAAUCCAUAGAAAUUAUACAUUAGAGUUGGAUCUGCUGCCAAGAAUAUGAAUGUCUGAAGUUGCUUUUACAAGAUGCAACCUGUGAUGGGCCUUGGGACACUCUGUAUGCUAAAGAUGCACUUCACUGCUGAGAUAUGGUCACUUGCAAUCAAUCAAUUGGUUCCUCUGUCUAUCCCGUGGUCUUGACUUUCAGAGUAAGGCAGAUAAUUCUCCCCCCCUCCAGUGUUCUUUGGCAAAUUCCUGGAUCACAUGAUGGGUAGCUGAUCUUUAUUUAUAUUGUGGAGCCUAAAUUAUUUGUCAUUAAUAGCAGCUCUUGCUCGGGUCCAACAAUGCAGAAUCCAGCAUCAGGAUCAACACCAGUGACCUCUCCUCCAAGGAUAGCGACCUUCUCCAGGAUAGAUACCUUUAGCGCUUCUCACAGGCUGGCUUGCAAAUCGCUGAGUGACGCAGAGAAUAAGGAAUUGUUUGGGGAGUGCAAUCAGAGGCAUGGGCAUAAUUACAGAGUGGUGGUGACCAUCCGUGGAGAAAUUGAUCCCGCUUCUGGGAUGGUGGUAGACCUGACAUAUUUGAAAGCAUGCAUGAAGGAGGCGAUCACAAAGCCCCUUGACAAAAAGAACCUGGAUGAAGAUGUCCCCUAUUUUGCCAACAUCACAAGCACGACUGAGAAUCUUGCCAUGUUCAUCUGGGGAAACCUUCAGAAGUGCUUGCCGGCAACGGCUCUUCAUAAAUUAAAACUGUACGAAACAGACCAGAACAGCGUCAGCUAUAAGGGAUAAGCACCAGCAGCUGCGCUGGACACCUGCAUGGCAUCCAGGCUCCCCACAGACGGCAAGCAUCCCCUCUGCAAUGGCCCUCCUGAUUAUUCUGUCACUGACUGCCAAGACGGCACCCUCUCCAUAUCUGCCAAGCAAUUUGUUUGAACAGCCUUUAGAAAUACUGUGAGUCUGAGAGAAAUGUCCUGUUGCACUCACAUGGAAAGCCCUGUUGUCUAGGGUCUCUGUCCCGUCCUGCUUUUUGA